GUGUGUCGUGUUGCGUUGCGCGGGCUUCACGUGCCGCUGGCGCUGAUGGCGGCGGGGCUCGCGGAGGGGACGCACCGAGGAGGGAGCGCGAGGAGGCGGGAACCAGAGAGCGCGAGGAGGCCCCGGAGGAUCCGAGCACCGACACACCGACUCACAGCCUGAGACCAGGCCGAGGAGAGAGGCUCAGAGGCCCGCAGAGCGACGCGGAGCAGCCCGGUGAGGACAGGACGGAGCGGAACGAUGAUAGUAAAGAAAGACAGGAAACGAGCGGAGAUGUGACCCUCUUUAAGGUCAGGGUCCUGGGAAAACAUGAGUUCAGGACCUCCUAUCGGACGACAUCCUGUCUCGCUCCACCGGCCCGAACACUACUACAGCUGCAGUACUCGUAGUAUUUAGUUGCAGUCGUCAGCACUAUUACCUGAGUUUGCUUUGCAGAGGUGCAGUGGUUUUAACCAGAGAGGUGACCUCUGAACAGCAGCUUUGAAUCGUGUAUCGAAGCAUUCUUGUGCGCUAACGAAGCUAAUUUUGCCAAUGUGGUGAUCUCAGUAGUUCAUCAUCAGAAAAAUGACAUUGAAGCUGCGGGAGUAGCAGCUGCUUCACUGUGAAAUUGUCUCAGCGGCAGCAUUAAAUAAACAAGUAUUCCACUUGAAAAUGUAGAUUAGCUUCAUUUUUUUUAAGCUACUUGCAGUUAGCAGCUAACUAGCUAACACAGCGGUUCCAAACCAAAACACUCUUCAGAGAUAAUAUUCCAUUAGAAAAAUAAAAUGUAGUUGGACUCCGACCCCGGUUUACGUGUUUGUGCGAGCUAACAAGCUCGUUAGGGGCGAGCAGUGAGCGGGCAGCGGUGGCGCGGCGCUAGGUCCAGGCAGAGCGGGGGUGCGAUGGAGUACCACUCCGGUGGUAGCCUGCCCCUGCUGGGGAGACCGCGGUACUGCCCCGGGGCCAACGCUAACGGAGGAUACCUGUGUGAGACGGGUCACUGCUGCGGAGAGACCGGCUGCUGCACAUACUACUACGAACUCUGGUGGUUCUGGCUGCUGUGGACCGUCCUCAUCCUGUUCAGCUGCUGCUGUGCGUACCGACACCGUCGAGCCAAACUGAGAGUUCAGCAGCAGCAGAGGCAGCGAGAGAUCAGCCUGCUGGCCUACCAUGGAGCCAACUCCUACCCGUCCUCCAUGCUGGACCUCAGUUUCCUGGCAUCUCUGAAGCUGCCGUCCUACGAGGAGGUGGCGGCUCAACCCUCCACCCCGCCCCCACCCUACAGCUCUGUGUUCACCACCCCACGUUACCCACAGCCCCCCCGCACCGCCGACCCCCACCUGCUCACACAGCACGACCCGCUACUGCACCGGCCGCUCAGCGACGGUCCGUCCUCACUCAGCUCCGACAACAGCUCCAGUUGUUCCUGCGACUCCUGCUGCCCCUCCUCUCCAUGUAGCUCCUCCCUAUCGGCACCUGUCACGUACGAGACUGACACAAGCCACGCCACCACGCCCAGCGAGGCCGCGCCCCUCCCUCUAGAUGUCACCAUGGAGAUCAUCACUGCCGCGGCAACCAGUUUGGAGGUAAAUGAGACACGAUUUGGUUCUGAGAGGAUGGUUGCCACGGUGGCCAUUGACAUCAUUGAUGAAGACGCUGCCGGAGCACAGGAACCCGUUGCCACGGACUCAUUGGUUCCCAACCAGACUGUUACGGUGGCGGUUGUUACCGGGGCAUCCUCCCCUCUGCCUCUGCCCUCUCCCGGUUCAGAGGUGGCUCUUCCUGUUGUAACUACGUCUCCCAUAAAGCAACGGCUUGACCUAGCAGCGUGUAGCCCAAUAGUUAGCACCGGUAGCCCAAUUACACCCCCUAGUCCAAGUGUUGUUGACCCAACACUCCCCUCCAUCCAAGUAAUAAGCAUUGAGGGUCCAGCAGAGGACCCCAAAACUACCCCUGCCCCAAAUAUCACCUCAAUGUCAGGCACUUCUACGCCAACAGCUAGCACUUCUGACAGCCCUACAGCCAACCGAACCCUCCAAACCCUUGAUCUAACAAGAACUUUUGAUAAUGCCAACGUUCCUAGUAGCCCAACCUCAGUACCAUCCCCAGAUCUUGGAAGAGCUUUGGCCAUGAUAAUAGGCUCUGCUAGUCUCCCGAUCCCGGACCCAAAUCCUAGCCAUGUGCCAAUCCUGGCACUGUCGAGCCUUACCCAAGCUCCAGCCCCAGUACCUUCAAACCUUACCCAAGGUCCAACUCCAGUAUCUUCAAACCUUACCCAAGCUCCAGCCCCAGUACCUUCAAACCUUACCCAAGCUCCUAUCCUGGUACCUUCAAACCUUACCCAAGCUCCUACCCUGGUACCUUCAAACGUUACCCAAGCUCCAGCCCCAGUACCUUCAAACCUUACCCAAGCUCCUACCCUGGUACAUUCAAAAGUUACCCAAGCUCCAGCCCCAGUACCUUCAAACCUAACCCAAGCACCAGCCCCAGUACCUUCAAACGUUACCCAAGCUCCAGCCCCAGUACCUUCAAACCUUACCCAAGCACCAGCCCUGUUGCCUUCAAACCUUACCCAAGCACCAACCCCGGUACCAUCAAACCUUACCCAAGCUCCAGCCCCAGUACCUUCAAACCUUACCCAAGCACCAGCCCCGUUACCUUCAAACCUUACCCAAGCUCCAACCCCGGUACCUUCAAACCUUACCCAAGCUCCAGCCCCAGUACCUUCAAACCUUACCCGAGCUCCUGGCCCGACAGCUUCAAACCUUACCCAAGCUCCACCCCCGAUACCUUCAAACCUUACCCAAGCUCCACCCCCGAUACCUUCAAACCUUACCCAAACUCCUACCCCGGUACCUUCAAACUUGACCCAAGUUCCAGAACCAAUACCCUCAAACCUUAGCCCCUUUCCAGACCCAAUACUUAAAAAUCAUACAAAAGCUCCAGACCCAGUACCUUCAAGCCUUACCCUUGUGCCAAUCUUACAACCUAAAAUCACCAUAGCCCCAGACUGUGAAACUGAUCCGAUUGUAAAUCCUGCACAUUCAAACCUUACCCUUGCUACAGAUGUACCUUCAUUAGCCCAUUGCCAGAUUCCAGAACUGUCACCCGGGACAGGUCCAGUCCUGGUUCCUCCCAGCCCAACGUCAGGCUUGCCCCAACACCCAGGGUCUGUUGCUGUUCUUGUAUCUUGCCUAUAUCCAGCUGCAGUACCAGCCGAUUCAGGUCCUUCUCUGGUCCUGUCUCAAAAGCAAGACCUUAUUGGCCCAUUACCAUCAAAUGUCCAGGCUGGUUUUAGUUCUGGUUCUGGAUCAUGCUCUAGUGUUGGUUCUAGAUCAGGCUCACUGUCCACUCCGAUCCCAGUGCUCACUUUCAUAACAUCCCCCUCUUCCUCCUGCCCAGCCAUAACUAUAGAGUCCGAAUCUUCUAUCGCUUCCCAGUCUCCCCCGGCUGCCCUCUCCCCAUCCUCACCCUCAUCCCUUCCUUCUUCUCCUCCUUCCCUCCCCACCCCUCCAGCCCUGUCUUCUACUUCCCUCCCAGCCCCAGCUCUACUGCUUGACCCCCUCACUGCUCUGCACCAGUCCAACAAAGGUGGAACUUCCUCCGGCCACGCUUCCUCCCUCUCCCCCUCGCCUCGGGCCACUCAGUCCCCUCCGAAACAGACUCUCUUCUCCCCCUGCGUGGACGUCUUUGAACCAGGACCUCCCAGCUGGGAGGACGGAGAGGAGGACCAGGAGGAGGAGGACCAUGAUGAUGAUGAAGAUGAGGACAUGGGAGCCGACGAGAGCCAGUAUAGACAUCGGCGACUUACCGGCGACUCUGGCAUCGAGGUAUGCAGGUGUCGGGUGGAGGAGGAGGAGGAGGAGGAGGAGGAAGAGGAGGAGGGGGAAAGGAAGGAGGAUGGCAGGAGAGGAGGAGGAGGAGGUGAGAGGGAUAAAAAAGGAGGUGGAAACACUGAUCUCCAUGACAGCGUGGACUGCCCUGCCAGAGGUCAGAUAGCCACAGGGGAAGGACUCACACUGUGUAACUCCACCUCCGCCACCACGCCGACGUCCGACGACGGCGGCAAAGUCGUCAUCGUCAUGGAGACCGUGUGAUUGAUGGAAGUGGGCGGAUCAAACCAUUCGUCAUCCAUGACAAGGGAUGAAGUCAACUAUGGUGAUGGUGAUGGCGAUGGCGAUGGCGAUGGCGUCCACCCUUAAAACAGUUUUUUUUUAGAUUGUUCUGCAACCGGGGAAGUUUUUGAACGCAGAUGAUUGUGGAUCAGUUAAGUCACAUAAUAAAUUCAUCAUCUGUUUGUCAGACCAGCUUUAGGUGUCGGAUGUUAGGAAAUGAGUCAACAAGAAAGCUUAUUACAACGUGGUUUCUGAUCCCCAGUUUUGAUCCCAACAGAAGUUUACACAAAACAAUAUUUAGCAAUCCACCAUUACGUAACUUUGGGGAGUUGUUCUCAGUCAGAGUGAACUGUCUUAACAUGGUAGAUUUCCUUGUGGAUGUUAAGGCGACACAGUCUUAUCUUUAGUUUUAGUCUCCAAAAUACUGUGACUUCACACUCCAACAACAGUUUUAAAGGUGCUAUUUAAGUUGCAUUAUGGGAGGUUGACCCAAACUAGAAAGUAAUACUUUGGCCUACUACUCAGCUCCAAUUUUUGACCGUUAUUGUUUAAAUCUGUGUCUUGGAGUACUCCUUAAAACCUGCAUUGUUUACAUCCGUAUUUGCUAGCUAGUAGGCUGAUUGUACUGCGCCUUUCGCGAGCAUAUUGCUGCUUUUCUUGGCCCAUUAUUGCCAAAGGUUGACCAGUGGAAUCGAGGGAUGUUAUAUAUAUAUUGUUCCAUAGUGUUACUAGUGGUCAAAAACCUGAAGGGUACUGAAAACCUGGACUACUGGUAAUUAUAAGCUAUGCUAACUAGCCAGCAGGCUUAUUUAGCCAUGGAAUGGAGUUUAACGCUAACAUGCAAAUGCUAGUUUCCACUGACUACUGAGUCUUUGUUGAAUACUUGAUUCUGAUUGGUCAAUCACAGCGUUCUACGGUCUGUUAUUUCUCUAUAGCAGACCGUCGCUAUGGGCGCAGCUCUGGUGUCGGACUCUGGCGGACCAUUUUUGUGUCAAAUUAUUGAUUUUUUAAGUACGUAGCCGUGUAAUAAGCGGUAUGAUGUACAGCUAACAGGUCAUUGUUGUGAUAUAAACAACAAUGACCGGCUCACUCUACAUUAUCCCUUACGUAUUCCAAUCAGAAUUUAACAACUGUACAGCGGUGGUUAGCUCAACAGAUGCUAUGGCUACCUAGCUAUCCGAUAUAUAAUUAUUAAGCUAUAAGUCUCGCUGUGUGGGAGUGACUGGGAUCAGGCUUGACUUAAACAUUGCUUUCCUAACUUUGUAAAACAAAAUAUAACAAAUAAAUUUGAGUCAGUAUCAGCCCGAUAUCCAAUCUGGUAUCGGUAUCGGUGCAUCCUUAAAUUAAACGCUAAACCCUCACACAACCAAUUCUGCAAUUAUAAAUCCGUCUUGGGUGGUCCAAUGACGUCGACGCUCGCAAGUCGAACCGGUGUUCACCAGAGGGUGCGUUUGCUUCUCGACAGAAAUGACGUCUGUCUGUCACCAACGAGAACUUUAAAUAGUUGGAACAUUUAGCAGGAGACACCCUCGCUCGUCUCGGGGCGAUGACGGAGGUUUUUGGAAACGUGCCGGGGACAAACUGGCUGUUUUGGGAAAAACGAAGAGCGACUGAAGUAGGAGGAUGAUGAUGAUUCACUCUGACUGACAGAGGGGAAGACUGAUUCAUUCAUUAGAGGUUGACGUUUAGAUGAAGAAGUCUGUCAGGAGAGCGGAAUUAGGUGGGUAGUUUCUGAAAAGGAAAAAAGACAGUUUUGAUGUGUUUCGUGGCAACUUGAUCCUGUAUGGAAGGUCUCAGGGUUGAUGGAGCAGUUGUGCGUCAGCCUUUCGGCGGAGAGAAAAAAGCUUCUGCAUAAAUAGGAAUAAACAAUGGGCACUUUUUAGACGGAAACAAAGCACCAAACAACAGAGACGGGAAUACGUCAUCAUUCCCGUCUUUGUUUCUUUCCCUGAAUUUGAGGUCAGAUACAAGACGUCUACGUUCAAUGCAUCUCUCUUCAUUCAUAGAAUUCUACUGAUAAAUUGAUCAAUCGAUGGCUUAAGAAUUGGAGAACAAGUCAUUUCGGGUUUACGUUGUUGUAACAUAUUAAUGUGUCGAUAUUGAUAUUUUGUGACAGAAAGACAUAAAGGUUAGAGUAUAUUUUGUCAAUGAUGGAGAGUUACUAACAUUUGUGUGUAGUACAUGCCGGUGUAUUUCCAAUCACCUUAGAAUCUGUAAUUAGUGAAGAGCAAUAUUUUUCAUCAGCAAGAGUCUGUGUGUAAAUACCCCCCUGCCAAACCCCCCCCCCCCCAAAAAAAAAAAACUUCUUCAAAAAGCGUUGAUAGCAAAGUAAUGUCAUUGUUGGGUAAAAACCUCCAGUUAAGGUGAAAUAUAACAAUUCCUACGCACCUUUGGCUGCGAUGAAAGUCUUUCUAUAACACUCAAAAAAUGCAUAAUUUUCUGUGUCAACACCUUGGAGAUGUGAGAUUUUCACCCAACAGCAGCAGCUGUGUAAUGAUUGUAAGAGCUGGUGCAUUUUUUUUUUAUUCCAAGUAAAUUUCCAACACAUUUUCACGUUGGUAUGCCAUCACACAUUUGUAGUACUUUUUAAUCGUGUCAGCGUAGAAACAUCAAAAUGAAUCAUUUUGUUCUACUUCUCACUUUAUAUUAAUAACCAUCGUUUAUAAAUUGAUAGUUAAUUAAACUUAAGUUAUUUUACUGUGAACA